AUGUCACCCACCACAGGCCUUUUCCACCACCAUGGGGCAACCUGGAAACACUUUUUCUCUGAGGGCUUCCCCACCACGUCACGUUGCUACGCACCAGUGCUGUCACCUCCUUCCUGCCCAUGGUGGACCGCACCGCUUCCUUCUGAUGUUCUUCGCGCUACCGUUUGCUCCAUCACAGGAUCUGACAGGGUUCUUCUCACCGGUACUGGCCGUGCCUCUGAACCGUCCCCUUCUAACAGCCCAUCCAUCCUUCACGCGUGGCAGACGGCUGCCAAGCUCUGCACAGACUAUUACGGGUGGGUUCCCGAUGAGAUUGAGGUUCACAGGGAGGAAGCCACCUUAGCUGAUGCUCUGUUGGAAGGUCGUCUGCGUGUGAUCAGCGAUGGAUCCUGCAAGAACGAGUUAGGGACCGCGGCGGUUCAACUCCUGGUGAAGUAUGGAGGAUUCCAUCAAAUCAUCAUCCGGUGUCAGACCCCCGGUUUGCCCUACGAUCAGAGUCCAUACCGCAGCGAACUCAUUGGUCUGUUGGCCGGUAUAAUGGCGGUUGAUUGGCUUCUCGAGCAAUGGUUCCCAACCCUUUUGACUUGCCCCGUGCGGAUUGCUUGUGAUGGCCUCUCUGCUCUUGAGACGGCUUUCGAAGAUCGCCCACUGUCUCCAACUGAUGCCCAGUUUGACUUGGUGUCAUCCAUUUGGGAAGCUAUCCUUCGGUCCUUGGUGGAUUGGUCGCCCCAGCACGUGUAUGGCCAUCUCGACAAGUCCAAUCUCUUUGACGAACAUUCUUGGUGGGAGAAACGGAACCUUGAGGUGGAUGGAAUGGCGGUGGAGUACCAUAAGGAACUUGAGACGGCCAAUCAUCUCAUUGCCCCCAACCCUCGUUUCUUCACUGAACUUGUGGCAAUGUACGUGGCAGACACCAAACAGUCACGCCUUGAUCCCCAGUUCAUCCAAGAGUGGGUGACUCUUCCGGCCCUACGCUCGCACUGGAGGGACAAAGGUACUAUCUCCGCCAAAGCCGAGUCUGAGAUUGCCUGGGACACACUGGGUCUCGCCACACAAUCUCUUCCUGCAGGUUUACAAAGGUGGUCUACUAAACAUUGUGUGGGCAUGUGUGGGCAUGUGUGGCACAGGCAAAUUUAA